GUCUUCUAUCAGCAGUAGUCGCAGCCCACUUGCGGCUUCUCGCUGUCGGCCUUCUCUUUCCUGAUUCUGCUGCAGGGUUGUGCCUUAGCUUCCGGACCUUGAGAGAAGCUAAAGCUGUGAAACUACAGAGACAGAGGCUAGAGGUACCUGAGGACCUCUGUGUGAGGGAUAGGCUCUAAGCCUGCAGAAGUCUUUCGGCCUCUAGCCCGCUUCCUGUUCUUUUUUCUCCUGUCCCCCACUCUCCUACUCUCUGUAGUCAGUAUCUCUGUAGUCAGUAUCUCUCUGGCCUUAAUGAAAGGAAAUAAGCGAGAUGAGGUAUACAAACGGGUGCUGGGUAACCAGAUACGUGAACCUGAAAGGGUUGAAAACAGUGGUACCACAAAGCCUUCUGUAUCACACGUGGUUUCGUCUGUCAUUACUUCGCUUCUGUCAGGCAAUAACAGGAAGAGCUUCCUUAGGGCUUUCCAAAACUCAUCUUCCUUUUAGUUGGCUAAAGGACUUUGAAUCAGAAAGUGUUUUUGGAUAGAGGGAGGAGCCUGUGAGCCAUUGAGGCAACCCCAUAGAGCCAGGAGGUGGGAAUAAGUUCUUGGCUUUAACAUCAUCUACGCGGCCUUAGCUUGAAGAUGAGAAAACUGAGGUCAGAAAGAUAAGCUGAUGGGCCCAAGCUAGAAGUGCAAGUAUCCUGAUGUUCAGUCCGCAGGCAGAAGAGCACAUCUUGUGGAUCCAGGCAAACCCAAUUUCACAUCCUGGAUCUCCAAGUAUCAGGUGGGUGAAUUUGGAUAAUUCUAACUGGUGUAAUGUAAAAAGAUCCAGAUUGCAAAGUUAUUUUGAGUUUCAAAAAGACAGAUUGAUGUUGUGUGGAAUGAAAAAAAAUUUUUUUCUUGGGUGCUAUGGCUCCAAAGAAUGCUCAUCACUUUAGUGUUUAGAAUUUCAGUGCUGGAAUGACCCCAGUAAUCUCUAACUUCCUUUCAAAGAUGGAAACCCAGAGAGGUUAUAGGACAUGCCCAUGGUCAUAGAAGAAGUUAGUGGUAUAAUUCAGACUGGAAUUCCAUCCUUUCCAGAAAGUGACAUUUGUCAAUGACAAAAUUGGAGGAGGAAUCAAAUUGAACCGAAUACAGGUUUGAGAAUCUAUCUAGUGGUAUCCAUUGAGCUGAUGAUGAGACUCAAAGGUGAAGUCAGGUGUCACCAGGAAGGUGGCAAUCCAGUAGAAGGAGAAUAUAACCACAUCACAAGUCUAACGAUGAUCCAACACAAAAUACAAAUACACUGAGCUGUCUGUCCGGAGGAAGGAGAAAUUAUGUCUGAGGUAGAAGACAUAGUGAAAUCUACACAGUAGUUAAUAAAAAGAUAUCCUUCCAGCUCUUCCCAUCUGCCCCCUUAUUUAUUAAUAGAACAGAUAUUUCUUUAUCCACAUCUAUGUAUCAGAUGCUCUCUUAGUAGUUAAGGAGAAACUAAAGUACAGGUUUCCCUGUUAUCUCGAAGUAGAGCAUUCCUAGGAAAACAUUUGAUAGGCCGAAAUGACAUAAAAUGAAGAAGCAGUUAUCAUGAAUUUACAUGGAAAAUUUGAGUUUUCUCAGACCCCAAAAUCACAUCUCUUAGGCCUUUCUGAUACCAAAGGACACAUCCUGCUAAUGAAUGCACAAAAUGAACAGAUAAAGCACGGAUGCCCAUAGACGUUGCUCAAGGCUACGGCCCCUUAACUCUGAGUGUAGUUCUGGGGAAGGAACGCCUCGGUGCCCUCCUUGCUGUUCCAUCCACGGUGCCGCCGUCCUGGCUGGCUGCAAACUAAAUGCUGAACGCUAUUUUCGCUUCUCGCCUUUUCCCCCAAAGAAAAAAAUCCUCUUUGGAUUUCUUUCAGGUAGCGAAAACAGGUACUAAUGUGGGUCUUUUGUAAAAAGCAAGGUGGCAUACCAUAAACUUUAGAAAAGCAGUUGAUACCUGGAUGCCUAAAAACUUUGUAAUUAACGAUAUGAGGGAGAUCUGCUGCAGAGGGGCUGCUGCAAUCAAUUUAGUGAUGAUUUCCCCAAAAACGAACCAAGUGCAGAAGACCCCCUAAUUGUCAGGGCAGCAGGUAAGGUCCUGGUCCUAGGUGUCAGUGGGGCACCUGGCUGGACCUCUGAGGCUAUCCUUCAGCAGGUGCACUAACACUUUAAGGAGCUGGAAAGACGCAGUUCCUCCUUGGUCCCCGCUCCUCCUCCGCCCAGCCAAGGUCUGGCAUUGUGGGCCACGCCCCUGCGCGCUGGUUGGUCUUCACAGACAUGAUGAAACUUCCCGCAAGCAUUACAGGAGCGAGGCCCGUAUAAAGUCACAGGAAGCCCGCUGCCCGGCCCGCCUCUGCAGCUUCUACCUGGCAUCUCCUCGCUGUUCUCUCCGUCCGAGCCCAGAAUUUCUUUCAUCACGUUUGAGUAAAUCACUUAGAGAAAGCCCAUAGCCCCAUUGCACCAUGUGUGGGAUUUGGGCCCUCUUUGGCAGUGAUGACUGCCUUUCUGUGCAGUGCCUGAGCGCUAUGAAGAUUGCACACAGGGGUCCAGAUGCAUUUCGUUUUGAGAAUGUUAAUGGAUAUACCAAUUGCUGCUUUGGAUUUCAUCGGUUGGCAGUGGUUGACCAGCUGUUUGGAAUGCAGCCAAUUCGAGUAAAGAAAUAUCCUUAUCUGUGGCUCUGUUACAACGGUGAAAUCUACAACCACAAGAAGCUGCAACAACAUUUUGAAUUUGAAUACCAGACCAAAGUGGAUGGUGAGAUAAUCCUUCAUCUAUAUGACAAAGGAGGAAUUGAGCAAACAGUUAGUAUGUUGGAUGGGGUGUUUGCAUUCAUUUUAUUGGAUACUGCCACUAAGAAAGUGUUCCUGGGCAGAGAUACUUACGGAGUCAGGCCUUUGUUUAAAGCCAUGACGGAAGAUGGAUUUUUGGCCGUGUGUUCAGAAGCUAAAGGCCUUGUUAACCUGAAGCACUCCACAGCUCCUUUUUUAAAAGUGGAGCCUUUUCUCCCGGGACACUAUGAAGUUUUGGAUUUAAAGCCCAAUGGCAAAGUUGCCUCCGUGGAAAUGGUCAAAUACCAUCACUGUAGAGAAGAGCCUCUGCAUGCCCUCUACGACAACGUGGAGAAGCUGUUCCCAGGUUUUGAGAUAGAAACCGUGAAGAACAACCUGCGGAUCCUUUUUGACAAUGCCAUCAAGAAACGCUUGAUGACAGACCGAAGGAUUGGCUGCCUUUUAUCAGGGGGCUUAGAUUCCAGUUUGGUUGCCGCCACCCUGUUAAAGCAGCUAAAAGAGGCCCACGUUCAGUACCCUCUCCAGACAUUUGCAAUUGGCAUGGAAGACAGUACUGAUUUACUGGCUGCUAGGAAGGUGGCAAAUCACAUUGGGAGUGAACACCAUGAAGUCCUCUUUAAUUCUGAGGAAGGCAUUCAGGUCUUGGAUGAAGUCAUAUUUUCCUUGGAAACUUAUGAUAUUACGACCGUUCGUGCUUCAGUAGGUAUGUACUUAGUUUCCAAGUACAUUCGGAAGAACACAGAUAGCGUGGUGAUCUUCUCCGGGGAAGGCUCAGAUGAGCUGACGCAGGGUUACAUAUAUUUCCACAAGGCUCCUUCUCCUGAAAAAGCCGAGGAGGAGAGUGAGAGGCUUCUGAAGGAACUCUACUUGUUCGAUGUGCUCCGGGCAGACCGCACCACUGCUGCCCACGGCCUUGAAUUGAGAGUCCCUUUCCUGGAUCAUCGAUUUUCUUCCUAUUACUUGUCUCUGCCACCAGAUAUGAGGAUUCCUAAGAAUGGGAUAGAAAAACAUCUCCUGAGAGAGACUUUUGAGGACUCCAAUCUAAUACCUAAAGACAUUCUCUGGCGACCAAAAGAAGCCUUCAGUGAUGGAAUAACCUCAGUUAAGAAUUCCUGGUUUAGGAUUUUACAGGACUAUAUUGAACACCAGGUUGAUGAUGCAAUGAUGGCAGCAGCAGCCCAAAAGUUUCCCUUCAACACUCCAAAAACCAAAGAAGGCUAUUACUACCGUCAGAUCUUUGAGCGCCACUACCCCGGCCGGGCCGACUGGCUGACCCAUUACUGGAUGCCAAGAUGGAUCAACGCCACUGACCCUUCGGCCCGCACUCUGGCCCAUUACAAGGCAGCUGCCAAAGCCUAGGUGCCCUCUGCACUCAGCCCUGCCAGGACACGCUCCUCUUGUGAAGGGUUGGGGGCUCCAGGGCAGGAAGGGGAGUGGCAAGCAUCAACCACUCAGGCUCGUUGGGCAUGAAAAAAAUAAAAGUCUUAAAUUGGAA